CUUUUUCCCUUUCUUUCACCUCUUUUUUCCCCGUUAGAACUCUUUCUCUCCUCUCCCUUUCUCUCUCUCUCUCUCUCUCUCUUCUCUCUUCUUCCCUCUCCAUCCUCUCCUCUAGCCUCGACCAUGUCGAACGAGAAAACGGAAACAGUCGAGGUCGUCUCCGAGGCUCCCGCCAAGGUUGACCUGAGCGCUGGCAACGUCAAGACGCUUACCGUCGAAGAACUUUACGACAAGGACAAGUACGAUUUGUCCACCAUGGAGACCAAUGACGUUUUGCAGCUCUUGCAAACCCAGCCCAACGGUCUCACUUCGGACGAAGCCGCUCAACGUAUCGAGAAGUUCGGUCCUAACAAGCUCGAACAGAAGGAAGUCAAUGCCUUCUUGCAGUUUUUGGGCUUCAUGUGGAACCCCUUGUCGUGGGUCAUGGAAGCCGCCGCCAUCGUCUCUAUUGCCUUGGCCAACGGUGAUGGCAGACCGCCAGACUACCCCGAUUUUAUCGGUAUCGUCCUCUUGCUUUUUGCAAACUCUUUGAUUGGUUUCUACGAAGAACGCCAGGCCGGUAACGCCGUCAAGGCCCUCAUGGAGUCGCUCGCCCCCGAAUGUAAGGUCAAGCGUAAUGGCGAGUGGAAAACCAUGGAAGCUGCUGAACUCGUUCCUGGUGAUGUGGUUAGCAUCAAGCUCGGUGACGUUAUCCCCGCUGAUGGCCGUUUGCUUUCUGCUCAUGGCCAGGUCUCUAUUGAUCAAGCUGCCUUGACUGGUGAAUCCUUGCCUGUUGGUAAGGAAGCCGGUGACGAGAUCUUCUCUGGUUCUACUGUCAAGCAAGGUGAGGCCGAAGCCAUCAUCAUUGGUACCGGUUUGAACACCUUCUUUGGUCGUGCUGCCAAGCUGGUCGGCGAUGCUGGCGACGAUGUUGGCCAUUUGCAGACUAUUUUGGCUAAAAUUGGUAACUUCUGCUUGGUCUCCAUCGGUAUCUUUGUCGUUGUCGAAAUCCUCGUCAUGUAUGCUGCCUUCCGCUACAACUACCGUCGUGGUAUCGACAAUCUUUUGGUUUUGCUCAUUGGUGGUAUCCCCAUUGCCAUGCCUACUGUCUUGUCUGUCACCCUUGCUAUUGGUGCCAAGCAACUUGCUGAGCACAAGGCCAUCGUCACCCGUAUCACUGCUAUUGAAGAAAUGGCUGCCGUCACUAUUCUCUGCUCUGACAAAACUGGUACUCUUACCUUGAACAAGCUCAUUGUUGACAAGCCCACCAUCAAGACAUAUGCCGAAUUCAACGGUGACGAUGUCAUCCAGCUGUCUGCCUUUGCUUGCCGUACCGAGAACCAGGAUGCCAUCGAUUUCUGUAUCGUCAACUCCUUGCCCGAUCCCAAGUUGGCUCGUGACGGUAUUGAAGAACUUGAAUUCAAGCCCUUCAACCCCGUUGUCAAGCGUACCGAAAUCACCUACCGUCGCAUCGAAGAUGGUGCCGUCUUGCGCGUCACCAAGGGUAUGUCCCACACCAUCUUGGAUCUCUGCUCCCGUGACAAGACUGAAGCCCAGAUCCAAGCCUUGAACGAUGAUGUCGAUGAGUUUGCCCGCCGUGGUCUCCGUGCCUUGGCCGUUGCUGUUGACGAAGUUCCCUCUGGCGAAGUCGAGGGCGAAGGCAAGGGCAUGCGCCUCAUCGGUCUUUUGCCCAUCUACGAUCCCCCACGUUCAGACACUAAGGAAACCAUUGAUCGUUCCAUUGCUCUUGGUGUGCAAGUCAAGAUGAUUACUGGUGAUCAGCUCGCUAUUGGCAAAGAAACCGGCCGUCGUCUUGGUAUGGGCGAUAACAUGUUCUUGUCUAAGACCUUGAAGGAUGGUCCUCCCGCUGGUUCUGGCUACACCAGCAUCGACGACAUGGUCUUGCAGGCCGAUGGUUUCGCCGGUGUCUACCCCGAACACAAGUAUGAAAUUGUCGAACGUCUCCAAGCCUUGGGUCACAUGACCGCCAUGACUGGUGAUGGUGUCAACGAUGCUCCCGCUCUUUCCAAGGCCAACGUUGGUAUCGCUGUCGCUGAUGCCUCUGAUGCUGCUCGUUCUGCUGCCGAUAUCGUCUUGGUUGAACCCGGUCUUUCCGUCAUUGUCGAGGCCAUUAUCGGCUCCCGCCAGAUUUUCCAACGUAUGCGCAAUUAUGCCAUCUACGCUUGUUCCAUCACUAUUCGUGUUGUCGUCGGUUUCGCCAUUCUCUGCUUUGCCUUUGAGCAUGAUUUCCCUCCUUUCCCUGUCCUUAUCAUUGCCGUCUUGAACGAUGGUACCAUCAUGACCAUCUCUACUGAUCGUGUCAAGCCCUCGCCUUACCCUGACCAGUGGAACUUGCGUGAAAUUUUCUCGUAUGCCAUCUUCUACGGUCUGUACCAAGCCGCCUCCACCUUGGGUUUCGCUGCCGUCAUGUUCCAAACCACCUUCUUCCAAGACAAGUUUGGCGUCGAGCUGCCGCGCGCUGACACCUCUGGCUCUGGC